CAGGGCUCGAAGGGCCGUUCACCGCCAGCAAGGCCCAGCCAGGGAAGGGCAGGAUGGUGCGUUGGUCGGCAACGGGGCGCCCGCAGUCUAGGCCGGCCUCGGAGUAGGUGGCUCUGCAGAGAGGAAUUCAAGGUUCUUCUGUCCCUCAGUUUAUCCUUACAACAUUCCUGUGAGGUUGGUUAGACGGAAGGGGUUUGGCUGGAUCAGGGUCCCCCAUUGAGCUACAUAACUGUUAAGGGCAUUGGACGCCAUGACUGUCACUCUAGUAUGUGAUCCUUCGGAAGCUAUGGAGCUCUGUGCCUCUCAGCAACUCUAUCUUAAGCCAGUAGCGAAAUUAACAAUCAGUGUGGUGCUUCCAGAACACACCAGCUCUACCCGGGCACUCUCUAAAUGGGAAGUGAUGGACAAGCUGAAGAAUAUGAUUUGUCCAGACCAGUUCACCAGUGUUAAGGUUUCCAAAAGCACUAAAGGUUUCAUUCGGUUUGAGGGAGAGGCAGAAACCAAGCGUUUGGUAUGUAGCCUUAAGGAAAAGCUCCAUGGCAAAAUGAUAAAACUGAAUGGUUUUAAAGAUGACUUGCAAGUGGUUGCUACAGAGGCAUCUCCUGAUUUACCAACUCCUCAGGAGUCAGAAGCCAUUGUGAAGGAUAGAGAAUUGAUGGCAGAAGAUCUUGCUGAGCAAAUCAUUGAUGUUCCCAAUUGCAUCCAUUUGGAAGGAUUGCCAUGCAAGUGGUUUGCCCUAAGAGGCUCAGAUAGUGAAACGCCAAGCGAAGAUAUCUUGAGAGCAGUGUUUGAGAGUUUUGGACAGAUCAAGAACGUAGAUAUCCCCAUGCUUGAUCCUUAUAGGGAAGAAGUGGUGGGAGGAAACAUGAAUCAUUUCAUUUUCCGUGGCCUGCGGACAUUUGAUGCUUAUGUCCAGUACCAAGAGUUCAAAGCUUUUGCAAAAGCUAUGGAGACACUUAAGGGCAUGAAGCUGAUGUUUAAAGGGGAUGAUGGAAAAGCUCUGGCAUGUAAUAUUAAGGUAUCAGCUGAUACCACCAAUCAUUUCAGUGAGAGUUCUAUAAACCAGAGGAAUCUGGAACGAUUAACCCUGCAAGGGCUCGAACGAGAAAGAAAAAGGGAGGAAAACAGAGGGAAAAGAAGCACUGAAAGAAAAAGACGUGAUGAUGGUGGUGAUGAAAAAAAAGUUGGAGAAGGAAAGAGGAAGUCUAAGAUCAAGAGACGAGAAAAAAGACAGAUAGAUCGGGAUGAAAAACGCCCAAGAAAGCAACAGAAGGUAACAGCUGAAGAAGAGCUGUGGCCAGAGAAUAUGCCUGAAUGGGAAGAGAGGAAAUAUCUCCUAGCUCAGAGAAGAGUGGAGUCUAUCAGGCUGCUUACAGUGCUGUUAAACCAAAUAAAAGAUUUUGUGCUGUCAUCCAGGCAAGUAAGGGAGCCUCUGCUGGAAAAUGAGAAUGAAAGGGAGGAUUGCUUUCCUGCACCUAAGAUACCAAAUUCAUUAAAAGAGGAGUCUUGCUCUCGUAGUCUUGAGUGCAAAGAAGUGAAGAAUGAGAGAGAACCUCUACAUCAGUUAGUCCAAUUAGAUAAUACCUGUACUGAGGAGGAGGAGGAGGAGCAGUAUGUUGCAAUUGGCUUGCCUGCAUCACCUUGUCGCCUUGUGAGAACUGUUUUAAAGGAGCCAGCUGAAAGAGCAGUUAGUAGAUGCUUAAAAGACAAGGCUCCGGGCUGCUAUCGGGACUCUGACUUGUUGCAAGUGACAGUCACUCAAGACUGCAAAGUCAGAAAGUCUCCUGCCAGAGAGGACUGUCAAAGCCUCAACUCAAGAUGCUCCCAUGAAGUCUCUAGUGUCGGAAACUGCAAGAAGCAAAAGGUUUAUGAAACAGAGGAAUUUAUACACUAUUUACUAAACUACUACCAAACCCCAAGAUAUGCACGAAUCUGUCCUGUGACACAAAACACAGGGACUGAGUCCUGGUGGCAGAGGGUGGUGUCCCAUAAUGGGACUGACUUCCAGGUCAGCCUGAAAAACCAAGAUGCACAGUGUCUGACAGAAGCGAGUUUUGUAUCAGACUUCCCUGAGAGAGACUUUCAAGAUGCUGAUAGCUACACAUGGGAAGCAAUUGAAGAGGAACCUGAGUCUGCAGAGGUUGUGGCUAAAAGCCAGGCCCACAGUAGAGAGUUCACUGGUCAAUGUCUGGUAUGGUAUAAGAAUUCACUGGGUGAUGUUAGUCAUAAACUACCACGUGAUGAACUGAAUAGUCCCUUUCUAGUAAGCACAAGUACUAAUUGUGGUAAUAGAUUCAAAGAAGAGGAUACAGGGAUGAAAGUUUUAGCACCGGUCAAGCCUUUGGGCCAUGUUUAUAAAUUGAAGGAUUUAUUGGAAGAGAUCAGCAGCGAUUCUGAAUAUUUUAGUGAGGCGUUCAGCGAGUCACAAAACAAAAUGGAGAGAAGAAAUGGGGGUUGCAGAAGUAGCUGCAAGGCCUGGCCUCUCAGCCGGGAAAGAGCAAGAGAAUUGCUGAUUUGUGUCCAAAAUGGUGAUUGCAGCAAACGCAGUUUCUGUUCAAACUCUGAGUGCUGUGACUUGACAAAGGAUCCCGAGCAAAGGCUUAAAACUACAUUCAAGAGAUCCAGCAGUAAAUUAAGGCAUGAAGGGCGAAAACUUCAGUGGCUGUCCAGUGAAGAGGAGCAAGAAGCGAGCAGGAAGAAGAAAAGAAAGAAGAAAAGGUCCUCCGAUAACUCUUCGCAUGACAACGAGCCUCAGUUUCUUGAAGCAAACCAUUGUGGAGAGCUGGAAGCCCUCAGCAAGAUGCAGAGAAAAUGUAGCAAGGUUUUACAUCACAAAAUGAAAUUCAAAACACUCCAUGCCAUGGCGGAAGAGGUAAAAACAAAAGGCGUUCAUUUAAAUGACUUUCAGCUUCGAGAACCCCACCAAGAGGCAGGUAAGGGGAAAGCAGAUAUUAGUGAGAUGGGUGAAAGAUGGCGUGAAACCAAGGAGCAGCUGAGAGCUUGCAAAGUCAGAGUCAAAAGGUAAUCAGGUGAGUUCAGGGAGGUGGUGGAAAUAGUGAAAUGUACAAGUGACACAAGACACUGGGCAUAUAAAGAUGGAACAACUCUCAAUUCUGCAAGCUCCUUUCGGAUGAGCAGCUACUGUCACUUGGGCAUUCCUGAGUCUUGAGUUUUUGCUGCCACUCUUUCCCCAUCUCCAGGGAACUUGCUGUUAAGAAGAGAAGCAGAAACAGAUUCUGACGAUUGGCCUUUGUUUCCUGUUGAAAUAGUUUAGACAAAUGAAUAGUCUGACUCUUUCUGUGGAGCAGAAGUUAGAAGAGGAUUCUAAUUUCAUCAGAUUUGGAGGACCGAGGGGAUCUGGGAACAGUUGAAGGUGGAAGAUCAAGAUGGGUUCUUUUUAUACAACUUUUUGAAAACUUAACUGUUAGACAUAUGGUGAUAGAGGUGUUUUCUUGGGCCUUUUGUUUGCAUGCUGGGGAAGGUAGGGUAACUCUAAACAACCUGCUUGGUAAAAUUGGUGGCAAAAUCAGUCUUGGUGGUGUUGAGGCUACAACUAAGGACCAAAAAAACUAUUACUGAAGUGCAUGAUGUAAGCUGUUUUGAAGAAUUUGCUAGACAUCUGAGCUGAGCGAACUGAACAAUCCCCACUGAAUUUGGGAGAAGCCACAGAAUCUGUGGGUUCUGCUUUGCAGUCUAAUGUACCAUUAGAGGAGUUUUGCAUAAACUAAUUGUUAGCCAGAUGAAUAAACUUUAACUUAAAAGAUUCAAAGAAGUAUUGCCUUAGUAAGAGGAAGGGGCACAUGGUGCAGGAGGAAAAAAACCCGAUUGCCAAGAAAGAAAAGGAGCAUAUUUAUAAUGAACUGCACUCUUUGCCAUUUGAGAUGUACAUCGGGUUGGUAUAUGCACAUCAGGUAGUUACAUAGGUGUCAAACUCAUGUCCUCCAGGUGUUAUGGACUACAGUUCCCACCAUGCUGGCAGGGGAUGAUGGGAACGGUAGUCCAUAACAUCUGGAGAGACGCGAGUUUGACACCUGUGGGGUAGUAUAUGACUUGCCAGAUGUUGUAUAUUGGUGCAACUCUGUUAUUGCCCGUCUCCAUUGGUUUUUUUAAAAUACAAGGUGUGAGUAGGCUCAAGCAAGUACCGUGGUUCCAAGGCUGUGCUCCCAUUGUUCUACCUAAGUCUGUUGCCCCUUGGCAUACAGCUGUGUCAUUCUCAAGAUUUUGUUUUGGUUUUUGUUUUGCUGCAACUUGGCAGCGCUUGUCUACAAUCACAGUUGGUAUAUGUUCUGUUUAACAAAAACCAGUGAGCCACACCAGUCUGCCAAAGAUUCCCAUUCAUAACUGGUUCACAAAUAUAUUGUAGACUAGAUUACUCCUCCUCCAAUUCUCAAAAAUUGGAGGAACUUCAGAUCUUGGCAGGCUAGGGAUAUUUUUCUCUGCUUCUGUUGGGUUGAAUAGUUCUGGAAUGCUGAAUGGGGAAUAAUCUGGACAGAGCUUUGAACAGAGCGCGUUUGAAAUAUUUAAUGCUGGUUGGUAUUUUCACCUUCAAGUGAAUGACUUAGAUCUAGAUUGUCUGAGUCACAGAAAUUGUCUUAUUCAUUUAAUAUUUAAUAUUUGUAUGGAAACCCGGAAAGAGGUAUGAUGGUGCUGAUAAAAUCCAGGACUAUAAUUUGCAAAUAACCUGACUGAUUUCAGUAGGAUUACUCAAGUAGGUCGUGCUGAAACCCACAAGCAGUGGUAUCAGUUACUUUACCCAGUUACCUUACUAUGUGGCCAACAGCGCUGUGGAAUACUGUUCCAAAUGAAGAGGGGGACACCAACAUAUUUUAGUUAAAUUAAAAAAAACUGCAUGGUUUCCACUUCUUUUAUUUGUUGUGUGUCACAAUAACUUUCACAAUACACAUUCCCUAGCAUACCAUCCUUGUUUGUCAACCUCUGCUCCAAUAAAGUAGUAAUGAACCAAA